GAAUAAGUUAUCUCGUGUGAAGAAAAAAUGACAAGACAUGAUAUUGUUUGAGCGACAUCGCUGCUGAUAUAUAUAUAUAUAUAUAUAUAUAUAUGUAUAGCAACGUUUUAAAGUUUUGCUUAAAGAUGCUUACCACGAGUAAACAGAUAGUAAACUUGUUCUCCAUAUUUUUCAUGGCUCGCUUAAUGUUUCGGAGUUUCCCUCUAUUCUACCCCUCGACCAUAUCGUCAAUCCUUCAAACAUUCUUGUCCGAUUUAUUCACCCCCAACGGGCUUCCAAUCCUAGUCAAACUCCUCGGGACCAUCCUCGGAAUCUACUUCCGUUUCUGUGGUCUAUCUCCACGCACCUUUGAUUUAGAUGACCGAACCACCAUGCAUUUCUGGACCGCCGAUCAGAGACGUCCUGAUAAGCCUGAUCUGGUGAUGGUUCACGGCUACGGCGGGGAUUCGAUCUGGCAAUUUCUAGGCCAAGUGGGGCCCCUCUCAAAGGCCUUCAACUUGCAUCUACCGGACCUGCUGUUCUUCGGCAAGUCCUACACCAAAUGGCCCGACUGGUCCGAGGUUUUCCAAGCCAAAUGCGUCGUCAAAGGGCUGCGGAGAAUCGGAGUAGACCGGUACGCUUUGUACGGGAUCAGCUAUGGAGGAUUUGUGGCGUAUCAGAUGGCUGCGAUGUGUCCUCAGGAAGUGGAAAAGGUUGUGAUCGUUAGCAGUGGAAUAGUGUGGACAGAGGAUCAGAAAAGAGAGCUUUUGAUUAGGAAUGGAAGGAAUGCUUUGGAGAUUCUUUUGCCUGAGACUCCUAAUGAUCUUCGCCUCCUUGUGAGUCUAUCGGUCUACAAGAGCGAUCCUUUCAAGUGGGUCCCUGAUUUUGUUCUAACCAAAUUUGUCCAGGCGAUGAUGCAAUACCGGAAGGAAAAACUAGAGCUGAUUGAACACUUGUUGAACAAAUCAGCAUAUUAUUCGACCGUUCCAAUCAUACCUCAGCCAACGCUGCUAAUCUGGGGUGACAAGGACAAUGUAUUUCCACUCUACUUGGGUUAUCAGCUACACAGACACUUGGGAGGCAAUUCAAAGUUGGAGAUACUAAAGGACACAGGACACGCUGCAAAUCUCGAUUCACCAGAUACCUUGAACGCAUUGAUAAAGUCGUUUGUUUUAAAUGGUUCCUAGCUACCUAGUACUUGCAUGAUUUUGUGUUAGACAUUUUAAGGGGAGUGAUUGUAAUGGGUUUGAUCACUUUUGGGUUUAAUCUUCUUUGUCACUGGGAUUAAAAUAAUAAAGCGUUUUAGUGCAUGUAGGCUUUGGUUAUGAGCUCUUGUUGCUUUGUUCCUGUAUCAUGCAUACACUCGUUAUUAAUAAACAACAAGGAACGGCAGGCAAAUUUAAGG